UCCGCCGCCGCCUCCUCGUCCACCCGUUCGCCUCGCGCUCCCCGGGCGCCCUCCCUCUCCGAGGCGAGCGCGCUCCCGGCCCGCGCGCACCGGGCUCCGGCUUUCUCCCGACUCCUGUCAGUGCGGUGACUGCGCUGGGAAACAUGGCGACCGAGGGAAUGAUCCUCACUAACCACGACCAUCAAAUCCGCGUCGGAGUCCUCACAGUGAGUGAUAGCUGCUUCAGGAAUCUUGCAGAAGACCGCAGUGGGAUAAAUCUCAAAGAUCUUGUACAGGAUCCUUCCUUGUUGGGUGGGACUAUAUCAGCAUACAAGAUAGUACCAGACGAAAUAGAAGAAAUCAAGGAAACUCUAAUAGAUUGGUGUGAUGAAAAGGAACUUAAUUUGAUAUUAACAACUGGAGGAACAGGAUUUGCACCACGAGAUGUCACUCCAGAGGCCACAAAAGAAGUGAUAGAACGGGAAGCACCAGGGAUGGCCCUGGCAAUGCUGAUGGGAUCACUUAAUGUUACACCUCUGGGCAUGCUCUCUAGGCCUGUGUGUGGAAUCAGAGGAAAGACUCUCAUAAUUAACCUACCAGGUAGCAAGAAAGGAUCUCAGGAAUGCUUUCAGUUUAUACUGCCAGCUCUACCUCACGCCAUUGAUCUUUUACGUGAUGCCAUUGUAAAAGUAAAGGAGGUGCAUGAUGAACUUGAAGAUUUACCUUCCCCGCCACCUCCUCUUUCCCCUCCUCCCACAACCAGCCCCCAUAAGCAGACAGAAGACAAAGGGGUACAGUGUGAGGAAGAAGAAGAAGAAAAGAAAGACAGUGGUGUUGCUUCAACAGAAGAUAGUUCUUCAUCACAUAUAACUGCAGCAGCCAUUGCUGCCAAGAAGCAUCCAUUCAGCACCAGUCCUGCUGUUAUAAUGGCACAUGGUGGGCAGCCCAUUCCUGGUCUCAUCAGUUAUUCCCAUCAUGCAACAGGCAGUACAGAUGAACCGAUUCCAGACUCCAUCAUUUCUCGUGGUGUUCAGGUGCUCCCACGAGACACAGCCUCCCUCAGCACUACUCCUUCAGAAUCGCCCCGUGCUCAGGCUACAUCUCGCCUCUCUACAGCUUCCUGCCCAACACCAAAACUCCAUGGCAAGCUGGAGGAGCUCAGAGGUCACCUAGAAGGCAAUGUGAAAGGAUACUCUCUCAGAGUCAAUGUCCAGUCCAGGUGCAGCAGCAAGGAGAACAUCCUCAGAGCCAGUCACAGUGCUGUGGAUAUCACCAAGGUAGCUAGAAGACACCGCAUGUCUCCUUUUCCUCUGACAUCUAUGGACAAAGCCUUUAUCACAGUCCUGGAGAUGACGCCGGUGCUUGGGACAGAAAUCAUCAAUUACCGAGAUGGAAUGGGUCGAGUCCUGGCUCAAGAUGUAUAUGCAAAAGAUAACCUACCCCCAUUCCCAGCAUCAGUAAAAGAUGGCUAUGCUGUCCGAGCUGCUGAUGGCCCAGGAGAUCGUUUCAUCAUUGGGGAAUCCCAAGCUGGUGAACAGCCAACUCAGACAGUAAUGCCAGGACAAGUCAUGCGCGUUACAACAGGUGCUCCAAUCCCUUGCGGUGCUGAUGCAGUAGUGCAAGUGGAAGAUACCGAACUUAUCAGGGAAUCAGAUGAUGGCACUGAAGAACUCGAGGUACGAAUUCUGGUGCAGGCUCGCCCAGGUCAAGAUAUCAGACCCAUUGGCCAUGACAUUAAAAGAGGGGAAUGUGUUUUGGCCAAAGGAACCCACAUGGGUCCCUCAGAGAUUGGUCUCCUGGCAACUGUGGGUGUCACAGAGGUUGAAGUUAAUAAAUUUCCAGUAGUUGCAGUUAUGUCAACGGGGAAUGAGCUGCUAAAUCCUGAAGAUGACCUCUUACCAGGAAAGAUUCGAGACAGUAAUCGUUCAACCCUCCUAGCAACAAUUCAGGAACAUGGCUACCCCACAAUCAACUUGGGAAUUGUGGGAGACAACCCAGAUGACUUACUCAAUGCCUUGAAUGAAGGUAUCAGUCGUGCUGAUGUCAUCAUCACAUCAGGGGGUGUAUCUAUGGGAGAAAAGGACUAUCUCAAGCAGGUGCUGGACAUUGAUCUUCAUGCUCAGAUCCAUUUUGGCAGAGUUUUUAUGAAACCAGGUUUGCCAACAACAUUUGCAACUUUGGAUAUUGAUGGUGUAAGAAAAAUUAUUUUUGCACUACCAGGGAAUCCUGUAUCAGCCGUGGUUACCUGCAAUCUCUUUGUUGUGCCUGCUCUGAGAAAGAUGCAGGGCAUUUUGGAUCCUCGGCCAACCAUCAUCAAAGCCAGGUUAUCAUGUGAUGUGAAACUGGACCCCCGUCCUGAAUACCAUCGGUGUAUAUUGACUUGGCAUCACCAAGAGCCACUGCCUUGGGCACAAAGUACAGGUAAUCAGAUGAGCAGCCGUCUGAUGAGCAUGCGCAGCGCCAAUGGACUACUGAUGCUACCUCCAAAGACAGAGCAGUACGUGGAGCUCCACAAGGGCGAGGUGGUGGACGUCAUGGUCAUUGGACGGCUAUGAUGGUCAUCAGCAGGAGAAGGCUUUGAUGCAUGUCCACAUAUCAUUGACUGUAUCCUGUAAUAUGCAACGGCACAGCUAGUUUUUCUGAUUUGGAUAAAAGUUGAUCUGUAUAGUCAACAUCUUGAACUAUAUUUCAAAUGAAUUUAAAUAUCUUUUAAAGAAAAGAACACCUAAGAAUAAAUCUUAACAGACAACUCUAUUCUGAUUAUAUAUCAAAGCAAAUUUUUCCUUUCUUGCAAAUUGCUUUGUGUGUUCAAUGCUAGGUCUGAUAGCGAUAGCUUUUAGUAGACAGCAGUAGGUGCCUGCAGAACUUGUGUUUUUCUCAUCUUUAAAAUACAACUACUUAUGCUCUUAAAUCAAGGCUGUCUGCUUAUUUAUACUAGCGUAGGCAACACUUGGAUUUCCCUUCUUAGUAUGCUUCAUAACCGCUUUACAGAGAGCUUUUGCUUGUUCUUUAUCAUGUAUCUCGUGUUUAUGUGCACCGUGCCAAAAGAAGAGCGACUGGGUGGAGGCACCGCCCUGCGCACAGAGCCCUCCCUGCAGAGCGCCCGGAGCCCUCCCCCUCCCCCCUCGCCAAGCAGCCCGGGCACAGCACUCUUGGGUAGUAACUGGAUACCUUUUAUCUGAACAAACUGGGCGGGUGGGGGGGAAAUGCUUCCUUAAGUGCUGACAGCCUUUUUAAUCAACACAUUUAAAAUUGUACAGAACAACAA